AUGCGGCGUCGCGGACAUUCACGCUUACAGCCCGUUGACGAGAAAGUGGCCGAGGACGCAUCUCACGUGGAACUUCAAUCUAGCGAAACAGAGAUACUCUGCGCACGACUCAGAGCGCGUUCGCUCUGUGGUCCGAGCAAUCCUAUGACGUUCUCACGCGACCCGCUGCGCCCCGAUAUACUGAUAUCCUAUCAAUCCGGCGCUCACGCGUACGAGAACAGCGACAACGGGGGCUCGCGCCCGUCGCCGUUCGCGGGACCGGGAUCGGUCGUCGCUCACGUGUUCUUUCCGACGGGAGAGCCCAAUCAAGUGACCGAGGUGCACGUCGACGAGACGGAGCCGUGGCACAUCACGCUGACCAGACCCCCGUCGGACAGACUGUAUCUCCUUCAGACGCUGACGCACGAGAUCGGUCACACUCUGGGUCUGACUCACAGUAUGAGGGAAGAUUCGGUCAUGUACGCGUACACGCCUUCGGAGGAAAGGCGAUAUCCGCUCAGACUGAGCAUAGAGGACGUCAUAAACGUACGAAAUCUCUACGGAUCGAGAGAGACGACGAAUCCUACGAUCGUCGACGCUACUCCGACGACCGCGGCGACGACUACGAAGACAACGGCCUCGACGACGACGACGACGACGACCGCGGCGCCGCCGACGACCGCGAGGACGGUUAAGACGCCGCUCGCUCCCUCCGAUAACGCGAAUCUAUGCGUCUUAAAGCGCAUAGACGGAGCGCUAAUCAUGAAUCGUCGCUUGUACGUCGCGCGUAAACGCAACGUAUGGUCGAUAUGA